AGGGCAAGCAUGUUUUCUAUUAGAGCCCAGGAAUAUCUGCAGCUCCUCUGCUUAGGAGCUGCUCCGGUCUUCAUAAGUGGUGCCUCCUAAGAAAACUAAAGAGGUGGCUCAUAAACACAGCCAGAGAGGGGCGGGAGAUUUAGCUCAGUGGUUCUACUGCCUGCCUCACAGGCUCAAGGACCCGAGUUCGAUCCCCAGUACCAAAAAAAAAAAAAAAAAACCUCAAAAACACAGCCAGAGAACCUGGCCAGCAGCGUCCCAUCCACAUGCCUCCUGCUCAGAACCUUUGGCCCCAGAGCAAACCAAACAAGGUCAGGAGGGAAUAGGGUUCACACCCUGAUCUGACCAGAACUUUCCCUGUAGCAUGUCACGCUCUCUAAAGCAGUUUUCAAACCAAGAUACAAACUUUUGUGGUGCUCAUAGGCUGUCAUAGCAAGAGGUAGAAGGGGGGUAUUGUUAUAGUUUGGAUCUAGAGUAUCUCUAAAGAGUCUUGUGUUCAGAGGUAGGGUUUUUGGAGGGUGAUUGGAUCAUGGAAGCACUGUAGCUGAUUUGCUGUUAGGAGGUGCGGGGUAGUCAGAAGAAGCGAAUUACUGUGGUAUGAGCUGGAAGCACAUCCCUCCCAGGCUCCUCUCUCUGUCUCCGCUUCCUGGCCACUGUGAUGUGAGCAGCUUUCAUCCUCAGCAGGCCUUUCCACCAUUCCCUUCCUGCCCUGAAGCCAGCCAGUUUUGGACUGAAAUCUCUAAAAACCAUGAGCCCAAAUAAACCUCUCUCCCACUUACGUUGUGGUUAUUGUCUCAGCAAUGAGGAAAGUGAUAAGACAGAUGCCUAUUUCAUGCCCAGAUAGCUAGUAGGGGUUUUGGUUUUGUUCUUUUAGGUUUUUGAUUUUGUUUUGAAUUAAGGUUUUUCUAUGUUGCUCAAGCUGGUCUCAAACACCUGGAUUCAAAUGAUUCUCCUACUUCAGCCUCCUGAGUACCUGGGACUACAGGCAUGCCUGGCUCCAAAUCAGUAAUAUUUAAACAAUAAGUGUCUAGAUUCUUGGCCUCUUUGUGUUCUCUUUCCUCAGUUAAUCUGCUAGUGUGAAGCUGUCAUGUCAGAUCUCCUUUCUCACAUGCCCUUUCAGUUCCCUUUGCCACUUCUUCGCCCACUAAAUGCUAUCCAGCUCACCUAGACCUGUAUUACAUCCAGGGUGUUAAAUUAAGUGGCAAAUUAAAACUGUUGCUAUCCUCAAAACCUCAUGUCAUCAAGGCCCCACAGAUCAACCAUUCCCAGUAAGAGGCAUUUCCAGUGUAAUCUUAUGUUCUUAUCAAAAUGUGUAAACCUUUUUGGGGGGGUAGAGGGACAGGUUCUCGCUAUGUAAUUCAGGCUGCCCUUGAACACACUAGUCCAGGCUGGCCUCAAACUUAAAGUGAUCCUCCUGCCUCAGCCUCCCUAGCAGCAGGGAUUAUAGGCGUGCACCACUAUGCUUGGCUCCUAUAAACUUUUUUGUACUACUAUAUUUUGUACUGCUAACAAUUAUGAAGAUUCAGUCCCCCAAAAAAGAAAGGAAAUUCGGCGCAGAAGAAAAAACUAAUUCUUAGGACUUCAUAGUCACAGGAAAUUUUUUAAAAAUUAAAUUUUAUAUUAUAUCCUUUUUUUACUAAUAAUUAUGACAUGAUCAGUAAAAGACUCAAGUGUAAAAACAGGAUAAAUCCUAGGAAGAAUGGAAAUAUUUCCAAUUUAAGCUCUUGUGACAUGUUUUUUAAGUGGGUAAUUAUGAGGUAUCUCAUUGCUGCAGUAUUUAGAUUUCAUUGGAUAUAUUUAAAAGAGUGAUACAGGACUCAGUGGUAAAGCACUUGCCUAGUAUAUGGGAGGCCCUGGUUUUGAACCCCAACAUCACAAGAAAAAUAAAGUGCUAUAAUACGAAUGUCAGCAUAUAUAACACGCUGGAAAGUAUGUCCUUUUCAACUGUUUAAAAUUACAAUGAAAUAUUUUAUAUUCACUUAAAAAUGUGUGAGUAAAGUCAGGCAUGGUAGUGCGUGCCUGUACUCUCAGAGAGUUUGAGGCCAGCCUGGGCAACAUAGUGAGUUCAAGGCAGGCCUGCUAGUGAGACCCAGUCUCAAAAAAAACAGUAUGAGGAGGCCUGUUGAUCUUUAAAACUUUUUUUUUUUUUUUAGUAUUGGAUUCAAACCAAGGCCUGUUGUAUUCUAGGCAAGUGCUGAGCUACAUCCCCAACCCUUCAAAACUUUUUGUUUUGUAUUGUUUACUAUGUGACGGGAUCUCAUCAAGUCCUGAAAUUGCCCAGGCUAGGCUCAAACUUGCUAUCCUCCUGUCUCAGCCUCCCAGAGUGCUGGGAUUCAAGGCAUGUGUCACCAUGCCCAGUUUCAAAACUCAAGUGAUAAGAUUUGAAGGCAACUCUACUGAAGUGUGAACUUUCCGAUUUGGAAGGAGCCUAACUGGUUUUCUAAUCUACCAUGAUCGGUUUACAAAUGGGGCACUGAGGACAGAGAAGGGUUAAUUGAUUUUCCCAAAGUCGCAUACCUUGGGUCCAUAACCUGCAUGUCCUUGCUUGCUCAUUUCCUUUCACUACCUCAUGGGCCUCCACUGUGCUCUGAAAUCCCACCGCCAAUGUUGGGGAAUAAGGAAGGAAAACAGAGUGAUCUUGAAACAGCUUCUGACUAACAGGGACUUCUUGCAUAGGUUGCUCUUCACCCUGCUGCUUCUGCUCUGGUCAGGCUGGGAGGUCUGUGGAGAACAGAACCUAAGGGGCUUUUUUUGUUGUUUUUGAGACAAGAUCUCACUUUGAAGUUCAGGCUGGCCCUGAACUCACUAUGUAGCCCAGACUGGGCUCAAACUCUAGGUGAUCCUCCUGCCUCAGGCUCCCGAGCACUAGGAUUAUAGGCAUGUGCCACCAUGCCUGGCAAACCUAAGGUUUUGAUGGACUCCAGAUGGCACUUUUUUCCUAGGGUCUCUUCUUCCCCAUCACCUGAGAGUAAACCUGAUCUGUAGGGCCAUGAAUAUCCAACAUGGUUACCCUCAUUUUGUAUAGGAUUCCUUUCUCAAGACACAUUUCAUCUGUUGGUCAUCAGGCACAAACAGUCCCCUAUUAGAUGUGAUGCCUUGUUCACUCAUUGCACAACCACCAGUUUGCAUGGCACUCCUGGGCCACCCAGCCCUCAAGAGAGCCCCUCAGUCCAGACAGGAGCCAGAAUGUGGCUGAGCCAUCAGGGGCACAGCACACUGAAGCAGAUACCCUUGCCAAUAGGCCUCCGACAGCCUGAGGUGGACACAGUGCUCUUCUCACCCACCUUGCUGCUCAGGACCCCAGGAGAUGAGCCAGACCUUCUAGAUUUGUUUUACUGACUUUCAAGGCUUUAUUAGUUUUAUGUUCAUGACCUCUGAUUUUCCUGUGCAACAAAAACACAUAGAGGGACUUUGGCUGACUAUACUGGGGCAGGAAGACUCAAACCGGAUAUGGACAAGGACAGCCCUGAACAGCAGGCCUGGCCCUGAGACAUGAACUAGAACAUGGCUGGAGCUGAAGACAGGGCUAACAGAAAGGACAUGGGCUGCUGUCAGGACACUACUGGACACCCGAGGCCAGGACCCUGCUGAUGCCGCAGCCCUCCACCCUGGCCCCUUACCGCCCCCCACCCCUCUCCCCCGCCCACCAGCUGCCAACAGGGCUCUGCCUUGUGUCUCCCACACCUGUCACUGCCUGUCCUUGUCCGGGGGGGCCCCAUCAGCCCCUCCUCAGCUGCCCAGCAGAGCAGGCAGUUAGUGGGGAGGGGAGGGAACAUGGAGCGGGGGCAGGUGGUGGGGGCAGGGCCAGGGGCCGGGGCCCGAAUCCGGGCACUGCUGGGCUGCCUGGUCAAGGUACUGCUCUGUGUGGCCUCUGCCUUGUUGUACUUUGGAAGUGAACAGGCCGCCCGCCUCUUGGGCAGCCCCUGCUUACGGCGCCUCUACCAUGCCUGGUUGGCAGCAGUAGUGAUCUUUGGGCCACUUUUGCAGUUCCAUGUCAACUCCCGGACUAUCUUCGCCAGCCACGGCAACUUCUUCAACAUAAAGUUUGUGAAUUCAGCGUGGGGCUGGACAUGCACCUUUCUGGGGGGCUUUGUGCUGCUGGUGGUAUUCCUGGCUACUCGGCGUGUAGCAGUGACUGCCAGGCACCUGAGCCGACUAGUGGUGGGGGCCGCUGUGUGGCGGGGUGCUGGCCGAGCCUUCCUGCUCAUCGAGGACCUGACUGGUUCCUGCUUUGAGCCUCUGCCCCAAGGCCUGCUGCUCCACGAGCUGCCAGAUCGCCGCAGCUGCCUGGCAGCUGGUCACCAGUGGAGGGGGUACACAGUUUCCUCUCACACCUUCCUGCUCACCUUCUGCUGCCUGCUCAUGGCCGAAGAAGCAGCAGUGUUUGCCAAGUACCUGGCCCACGGGUUGCCUGCGGGCGCCCCCCUGCGCCUUGUCUUCCUGCUCAACAUGUUACUCCUGGGUCUCUGGAACUUCUUGCUGCUCUGUACCGUCAUCUAUUUCCACCAAUACACUCACAAGGUGGUGGGUGCUGCAGUAGGCACCUUUGCCUGGUACCUCACCUAUGGCAGCUGGUAUCAUCAGCCCUGGUCUCCAGGGAGCCCAGGCCAUGGGCUCUUCCCCCGUACCCACUCCAGCCGCAAGCAUAACUGAAAAGAAAUAAAUGCACAUCAGGCCUGG